AUGGCGGCGGCGGCGGCGGGCCUCGGGAGCCGGGCGGCGGGCUGUGCGCGGCGGGGCGGGCGGCGGAGGCGGCGAGGGCGGGCCGGGGCGGAAGAGCAGGAGGAGGAGGCGGAGGCGGAGUGCUCGGCGUGCCGCCAGGCUCUGGGGGAGGCGGUGACGCCGCCCUGCCGCCACUCGCUGUGCCUCGCCUGCUUCCAACGCUGCCUGCAGGGCCCGGCCCUGCGCUGCCCGCUUUGCCGCAGCCGUUUUGCCAACCGGGCCCGCACCGACGCGACGGCCGCCGGAGGAGGAGGAGGAGGAGGAGGCGCGGAGCAGCGGCCGCCGGACCCAGAUUUUAUAUUCAGAGCACCCAUCAAAUUAAGCAAACCGGGGGAACUUCGAGAAGAAUAUGAAAGCCAGCUAAGGAAGCUGAGAGAAGAAAAGGUACAAGAAGAAAAAGCUUCUGAGGACCUGAUUCACAAGCUCAUGCUAGAUGACGUGGAAGUAGGAAAGCGAAAAAUGGAAGAACAGCAGAAAAAAGACGACUCUCUCGUGCUCAAAGUGAACCAGGAGUGUUUUCCUGAACGUCUCUCGGAUUCAGAAAAUGAAGAACCAUUCCAAGGCAAACAAACGCAUCGGUCGGCAUUCGUUUCCAAGACCAGUGCCUACUCCUUUGCUUUCCUUUCAGGGAACCUAACCUCCAAGGUGGAAAGGAGUCGGAGCUGCAAUGACACUAUCCAGGAGAGAUCAAAGAGCAGGCAGAGAUCAGCCCCACUCAACAAAACAAAGGUCCCACCCAUCACCAGCGCAUCAACACCUCUGCUGGGAGUUCUCUCCUCCACCCAGAACAACCGCUGCCUCUCUGCCCCAGACCUGACGGCGGAGAAGCGCCCACUCCUCAACCCCGCGUCGUCUCUCUCAGCCCUGCACAGACCAGAGCGAUCCAUCAGCCCCGAGAGCAAUGACAGCAUCUCAGAAGAGCUCAACCACUUCAAGCCCAUCGUCUGCUCGCCGUGCACACCUCCCAAAAGGCUUCCUGACGGCCGUGUCCUCAGCCCCCUCAUCAUAAAAUCCACUCCGAGGAACCUCAGCCGGAGCCUGCAGAAACCCACCACCUACGAGGCCAGCCCCAGAAUACUGAAAAAAUGGGAGCAGAUCUUUCAGGAGCGCCAGAUUAAAAAGACUCUCUCAAAAGCAACCCUUACGUCGUUGGCUUCGGAACCCGGGGAGGACGUUACACUUCCUGACAUCGCCCAUAAGGAACAUUCCCAGAUUCAGGAUGAUCAGCUGCUGGCAGAUGCGACGGGAGACCCUCACCCUGAGCUGGAUUUCCUUCCUUCUAUCAGCGAGAUGAAGAGAGGGAGCGAGAGGAACAGAGAUUCCCAGGCCUUAACAACAGAUAACAGCGCUGAAACAGAGAUGCGAUUGAACGCAGCCCCGUUGCACGCACGUGUGUCCGAAGCCCCUGACGUCAAAGCCAACGUGUUCACGGACAAAUCCUGUCUUCAUCUGGGCCCCAAAGUGCUGAGCAGAAGGGUCAUGGGGGUGCCAGACAGCAGCACUCUGGGGGUCCUGUCGGGGAAGAAGCAGCUGAAAUGCCUGAACAACAGCGAGCUGAUCAACGUGCAGAACAACACCUGCAACUCCGUCGAGAACAUCAUCAGCGAACAGCCGCCAGCGUUACGACGGGGACGGAAGAGGCGCUGCAAAACAAAGCACUUGGAGCACAACGGCUCUGUCAAAAGACUGAGGCACGCAGCAGGGGAGCCGGGCUUGGAGGAGCGCCUGGUGCGGGAGGUGGAGCAGAAGCUGCAGCAGGAGGAGGAGGACAGGAGGUUGGCCCUGCACCUGCAGCGCAUCUUCGACAGCGAGAACAGGACAGUGGAUAGGCGGAAAGUCAGGGUGGAUCGGUACCUGCUGCGGUCGAAGAGCACUCUGGGUGCCAAGUAGCACUGGUGGACGAUAUUGCCUUUCUAGAGGACGAUGAGGUUUAUCAAAUUAUCUUAUAGGAAAGCUAUUUUUUGUCAUACUUCCACCCACGCUGUCGUUGUUCAUUUUGGUGAUAAGACAUUCGAGGUCCAGUUCAGAGAGAAGCCAGAAUCCUUCCAGAUGUAACAAGAAAAAGGACAAGUUCCUCCAGCCUGGCUGGUCCAUUGGUCUGAGAGAGGUCUGGCAUCCUGUGAGUGCACUGCAGUGCAGCUGAUGGUUGUCCUGGCUGGAAGGGUUGGUUGCACGGGCACCCUGGGUCCUGGGCACCCUGCUCCCUGCUGGGUGGGACUCAGAGGUCCCUGCCAGCCUCAGCUGUUCCAUGGUGGACCUCAUCCAUUCAUUGCCAUGUCCAUAUUCCACAAGAAAUCGGAGCUCUGCUUGCAGAGGAAACCAGGCUGGUCCCAUCCUGGGAUUUGCAGGAGGGAUCAGGGGAUCCACCUGCAGUGCUGACCAAUGAAUGUAUCUCGCUGGCUGCACCAGCAGUGCAGAUCAGAGGUUGUCUUCUAUAAGUAGAAGGCCAAAUGCAGUGGAAAAAAAAGUUGUAAAAUCAGGUUUUUAUAGAAAAGCAUUAUAGGAACUUGUACGUUCACGUUAAUGAUGGGGCAGAGAGCAUUUGGGAGCCACCCUCCAGGCACUGCGACCCAAGGAACAAUGCAGCUUUUCACCCAGAGUCUCACCUCCCUUCUAAAUGUUGAAGCCCAGAAAAGGAAAUGCUGCCCUGAUGUUGGGAAGAAGGAGGCAGGCACUGUGGGCUCUGGGUGCAGUGCAGGGAGUGGGGCUGGCCUCUCCCAGCACGCAGUGAGUGCAGAAUGGAUGGAAUGGGAGCCCAGUACUCCUGCCGUGGGGUGCAGGGGGUACAAGCCACCCUCCUCGCUGCUUAAACCACUAACAGCUCAGGUGAGCAAUGCUGCACAAACCUCCUUUAAGGUAUAAGGGCACGGGGCUGCCGGGGGCUGGGGGAGCUGUUGGGUUUGGUGGGGUAGAGUUGUGCCUUUGGUGACAGCCACACUCGGGGCUUUCCCACCUUUCCCCUCUCUUCCCCAUCAUCCAAAGUGAUCCUUGGGUUCUUGUGAGGAACUGGGCUCAGGAAGAAUCAGCUUCAUCUACGGGUGCUGCUUUGCAGUGCGUUCGGAGGAACGCCGGUGCCGGGGAGACGAGUUUUGCAGGAUGGACCUGAAGCAUGGGACCAAUCCCAGAGAAUGGUCACUACCCAAAUUCCUCCUAUCUAAAAAAACGGCUGAAUGUCUUCCUCUUUGAAAACAACAAGUAAAAAAAAAAGGAACUGAUUUUAUUUUUCUCUUCCACGUCCUUGUGUGACUGCAAGGACCCUGGCGCUGUUUCCUAACGGAACUGGAUUUUUGUUUUUGUUUUUGUUUUUAAAAAAGAAAACUUAUAUUUUAAUGGAUAAAAUUUAUAUAUUUUAAAUACUAUAUUUCGACAGAUUGACACUUUUUGUUUGGAGAAAGCUUAUAGCAGUGAUUCCGUAAUAUAUAGAUCUAUAUCCAGAUCUCCUUCACGCACCAACUGGAUGCUCCCUGAUCUCUGGGACCAUCCCUGCUCCCUCGCAGCUCUUUGGACUCGAAUCAUGUAUUGAAUCAGAAGAAGGCUGAGCAAUUGGAGCUCCAAUUUGACCUAGAAGAUUGAUGUAGAGAUCAACAGCAACAGCCUGAAAUUGCCCUCUGCACUGGUUUCUAUAGAAUAAGCUCAGGAUGGAAACUCACAGUGAUUUUUUCUUCUCCCAUGAGUUAAAUUUGCCUGUUAAUUUUGCAUCUGGUCGCUGCCUCUUGCUCAUGGUUAAUCCUGGGACAGUUUCCUCCUUUCUCUUUUCUGGUUCUCAGCACUCUCAAAGCAAACGUGGACACCAAAACUCGCAUUUCCGUGGGGUUUCCACACUGAAUGUAUCCUUUCUUUCCCCUCUUAAGAACGAUUAUGGAGCCCAAUGCACCAGGCCAGUGUCUUCUUAAAUAUCUUUUUUUCUUUUUUAAGGACGAGUUACAUAAAUAUUUAUGUAUUAAAUAUAAGGCUUCGGCAGCAGCUGGCUCCAUUAAAACCCAGCCCCACCUGUGCUGGGAUGGAAGGAGACCUCUAAAUGUUGUCUGCAGCUUGCACAAAAAGGAGUGGUAUAUCAUUUCAUUGAUAAGAGCAGAAAUGCCCGGCCUCCCUUGCUGUAAUGGGCAGUGGUGGCCACAAACAGUGCUGUCAGAGAAGCAGAAUACCUGUUGCUGAGUGCUGGGUGCAGCACAGGAUCUGCAGGGGCCCUGAGAUGGAACCAACCGUUGGUUUGCACCUCCUGGAAAGCAGCUCCUGACCCUCAUCCUUCCUGCAGUCACCUCCUCUUGGGGACUGGGGGAAGCCCACAGGCCAGCACUGGCUCCUGGUUGUUCCCCCCACCGUGGCCCACCAUCCUGCACGUCCCUAGGAGUGUGGUGCCAUCACCCGGCCACCAAAUCUGCCAAAGAUGCUGCCUGACUCUACAAAGCAGCUCGGACGCUUUGGAGCCUUCUGCAUGGGAUCAGAUGUACAGAACGGUUCGUGCUCGGAGUCGGUGAGAAGAGAGGAACGAAGGAAAAGUGCCAAAAGAAAGGGUGAUGCGAGAUGACUGUAUGAUGUUGUGCUAUAUUGUCAGUAUUUUUCUUCCAAAUUCCAAAUGCUAUUGUACAUGCAGUGCACAGUAGUCACAAAGUCUAGCUGGAACAAGUGCUUCUUUGUAUCGUAUCAACGAGAGCAAGGAGAGGUAGAAGCCUUAAAGACCAUCGCCGACAUGAAAGUGAAGCCUUCAGCGCUGCUCCGGGGGCAGCGGCCCCACAGGGCUCCCAGCUCCUCGCCAUCUCCUGACCCUACAGAACCCAUCCUCCAGCAUCCCUCACAGGGAUCCCACUGGAAACGAUCCCCCAGGAAAACCGGGGCCCACCAAGGAUUGUUUCUGUGUCACCACGAUGGUCUGCGAUGUCACCGUGACGACGGCAGGUAUCACCAUGACAGUCUGGGAUGUGAUCGUGACAGGGUGGGAUGUCACGACAGAGCUGGGGGGCAUCUCCUGGAGCAGUGCACCAGCUCAGCACUGGAACCAUCUCCAUGCACAGUGCAAUUCUGACACAAACUUUUAUCUUCCCUCUAUCUUCAAAGCACGGCAACACGUCAGAACAGCCCUAGAACUACUCACUAUGCAAACAGGAAAAUCUCCAACCGAUGACGAAAGGUUUCGUGUACGCCUGGUUUUCUUGGUGUUUACUGUCGAGCUGUUUGAAACCAAUAUCGAUGUUGCUACACUUUUUCCAGUACGCUUUAAAUCGUUGUGCUUUUAGUGUUCUCCUCCCCUGCCAUCGGAGCGCCGGUGAGAGACUGCGGUCGUUUUGGAUCUCAGCUGAACCACUGUGGCUUCAUCUGAAUGUUUUAAAAGCGAUGGAAGUUGCUCAGAGACCGUUGACUUGCAUGUGUAAAUGUGUGGGUAAAUGACAUGCAGAGUCCGUCAUGUUGUGGCUUCUGUCAUUUGGAACAGAGUAAAUCCUGCUUGUGAAAAAUUGUCACAAAACAGAAACAUGCCAACCGUGUACAAAUCCUGUGUACCUUUUAACAGCAUCGAGGACUUUAACCGCAGGACAAAGGCCCAGGUUAAAGCAGAAUAAAACCAGGUUCUGACAGUGA